UAUCCGAAGCCUACGCUAGUAGCUCUAUGUUAUGGAGGAAGCUAUAGCUAAUAACCAGGAGCUCCAUGCAAGAAAAGAAGGAGCGCAUCAGCAGCGUCUCUCCUUCAGCCGUUAUUUUGAUGGAGGCGCCCUUCACUCCGUUAUAUCCAGGCUUUAAGAGAGAGCAGGUGCAGGGAAAAGAGGUUAAGCAUCACCACGGAUAAUUAGCAACACAAUCUGAUUUUCUAGGAGCAGAGGCGUUUAUUUUUCCGUGUGACAAGAAGAUGGUCGCCAAACAGAGGAUCCGGAUGGCCAACGAGAAGCACAGCAAAAACAUCACGCAGAGGGGCAACGUGGCGAAGACCCUGCGACCACAAGAAGAGAAAUAUCCAGUGGGACCAUGGCUUUUGGCACUCUUUGUAUUUGUUGUUUGUGGAUCAGCCAUCUUUCAAAUCAUUCAGAGCAUCCGAAUGGGAAUAUGAGUCCUGCGCGUCCUCUACACAUCCAUGAGAUCUGCGCCCAUUAGGCACAGUAGUAGGGAAAACCGGAGGCUGCAAUUCUAAUUGUCAGCUGUAUGCUAAGGAGCCGAGUCCUGUGCACAGUAUAUGACAUUGCCAUUCACUUGUUUACAAUGUACCUGGAUGAUGGGAACAAGUGCUUUUCUACUGAACCAUUGUGGCUGGCUUUGCCCCCUCAUGUCUGAUCAUGGAUCAUAUUUGUGCAAUAGAACAUAUGCUUUUGUAACCAUUAAUGUUGUGCCACAUUUUGUUUGUAUAUGUUGUUUGUUCUACUGAUGUCCUGUAAGACGGUUUUGAAAAUAAAUUCUACACAUUUGGGAAA